GUUAUAAAUCGACGUAACUCUUCUUUCUUUUCCUUACUGAUAAAGUCUAACCAUUUGACUUUGUGCUACCUCCUAUGUAACAGAACGAGUAACAUAUGAGUUUAUGAACCGGUAUUUAGGAGUCCGCACAGCGAACAAAAGGUGGAAAGUACUUACAAACCAUGUUAUACCAUCUGAGCUCCAUAAAACGAGAGGACAAUGCAUUUGGCGGCUUUACCUGCUGCAGAUAUUCAGUCGAAUGCUUAUCGAAUGCGUUUUUAUAAUGCUGCAGUACACCGUUUACUUCUACAGAUGGACAGUACCUCAGGUGUUCCGGUGCCAAGUUUGGCCAUGCCCACACACCGUGGAUUGCUUCAUUAGUCGACCACAGGAGAAAACCGUUUUCUUCCGCUACAUGUACGUCAUUUCCGCCUUCUCGAUUCUUCUCAGCAUCGGGGAGUUGUUAUACAUCGGCUGGAUUGGCGCAAGACGAGCUUGCAGUCACAGGAAAGGCACCAAGCUCACGGGAAAGCCCCUUCACCCUAAAUACAUUGACGAAUGGAGAACUCGUGAUAUCAAAGUGAUGCCUCGAGGUGCUUUAUUGGAUCGUGUUUCUUCAUCAGAAUGCAGCGACUCGCAACCCCCAACACCCAUAUCUAAACAUGAGGAUUACGUCGAUAUGCAAUCCAACAACCUCAUCAGUUAUUUGUAGAAACCCUUUCUCAUUAUUCUGCAUGUUGUUUUGUUCACUAGUUCGUACAAACUUAACAAAAAUACACACGGGAUUCUAUUUCGA